AUGGAACGACCGGCGUCCGAGGCGCCAGUGCAACACGCCGCUUCGCCCAAGGCUCUCACAACAGAAUCAGCUGCCUUGACCCUCGAGGCUACCCCAUACCAGCCUCCCAUGAUAGACGUCGACGUCUUCCGCCUCAUUCUGGCAUGCCUCCCAUACGACGAUCUGCUGAAGAUAACGCUCGCCUCCCACUUUGCACGAGAAGAAGGCAUCAGAGAGCUUUUCAUGAGGCCUGUGCGGUUGUGCUGGAACAAGAACCUAUCCACAUUCUGUCAGUUCGCACUCGCCGGAGAUCCCAAGAGACUGUCUUACCUGCGGAACCUCACUAUCGAACACAUCAAAAAGCCAUGCGAGGAUAGAGAGAAAUUCGCCCAGGUCCUCGCCCACUGCACCAACCUCAAGAAACUCACCCUUCAAUGGUGCGACGGGCUCAUAAUGGACGAACCCGCUGUACCCGACGCGAUCUCCGCGCUUCCGAACCUCGCCCAUUUUUCCGCUAUCAUGUAUAAAGAUAGCAAAGAAUCUCAGGCGGUCCUCCUCCGCAUAGUCGCGAACAUGAAGUCCUCCCUUCGCGGUCUCAACCUUCCUAUGGUCGAGGAUGGUCUUUCGAAGGUCGAAGUACUACAAGACCUCGCUAGGGUCCACGGCAGCCUGGAGGAGUUCACGCUGCAAUUCACGACCUUUACCGCCCCUGGCGUGACCUUUCUGGCCGCCCGCAAUCUACACCUCACUCUCGAGGAGAACGUUCCUCGGCUCCGUGAUUUCCGCGGCACCUUCCCGAGCGUGCGCGAGCUGUCCGUCGACUACCACAUGCACCUGGGCGAGACGCCUCCGGAUAACACAGGAACUGGAACCAACGAUGACAGGAGCUGCUGGCCCUCGCUCGACCGGCUGCGUGCGUCCGUGUUGAUUAUCCGCGCCCUCGGCAUCAUAUGCGCCGUGCGCCGCUUGGACCUAGGGUACUACGACUCCGACCUGCACGACAAGACGGCGGAGAUCGUCUCGCGCCUCCGCCCCUCGAAGCUCACCCUCAACCUCUACUGCGCCCCAGACUGGGCCACCCCCCGCGCGCACCCAAGCCUCCUGCUGCACGGCUCCGGGGACACGGGUGUCAAGCACCUAUACGUUAAGACGACGUUUUCGCGCACGCAUGCUCCCGCAACGCAGGAUUUCAUAAAUUGCAUACGCCCCCUGCUGCGCAGCGCGCACGUCGAGCUCCUACACGUCGCGAUAUCCGAGCUCUUCACGUCCGACGACCCGGACGAGAUCGUCGACCCGCCCUUGAAGGUAUCCGGCGCCGACGUACCAGUCAUCGACGCCGAGGCUCUCGCCGCGGACUGGGCACGGGCCUGCGCGUCAAUUCGCACCGUGGCGGUCACGAUCGCGCUGGUGGGGCAUACGGUCUGGAGUGCCAUCAGGGAAGACGGUGGGGCAGUGACCGUUGUGAAGCUUGAUGCGUUUGAGGGGAGACGCGUUUUGGACCAGGAAGCAAAGCGCUGUCUCGAGGGUUGA